GUGACCCUGUAGAGGAAACGGACGAAGUUGACGAGUCGAGAACCGAGAGUCAUGACCGGACCUUGAAAUAUUCGCUGUUGGGGCCUUCUCUGACCAAGGCGGGGCAGGAUGCAGUCGACCAGCAGAAGUAGGUAUCGGAGAUUAUCUACAAUGCAUCCAAAGGCUCCAAGUUUUUCAACCGCGAACAGGAGCGUGAUAAAGUGCUCACGGCGAAGAUUGAGCGGAUCCUGAGUGCCAAAGCACGCCUGGAACAGUUGGACUUGUCGCAGGACCUGCGACGUGCAGACGAAUAUCUAGCGCAGCUGGAAUUGGAGCGUGAUUUGUCACAGCAUAUCGUACAUGUGGACUGUGACGCCUUCUUCGCUGCCGUGGAGGAAUUGGACCGUCCCGAGUUGAAGGCUGUGCCGAUGGCCGUGGGCAAGGGUGUGUUGUCCACUUGCAAUUAUGAGGCCCGAAAGUUUGGCUGCCGUAGCGGCAUGGCCAGCUUUGUGGCCAAGAAGCUGUGUCCACAGCUGAUCUGUGUGGCCCCGAACUUUGACAAGUACACGGCGAAAGCAACUGAGAUUCGCGCCAUCUUUGCCGAGUACGAUCCGCUGUUUGAAAGCGCGAGCAUCGACGAGGCAUAUUUGAACAUCACGCCAUACUGUGCGGAAAAUCAAAAGGACCCGCAGGAGGCGAUUCAAGAGAUGCGAGCCGCGAUUCUCGAGAAGACCAAGAUCUCUGUUUCCGCCGGGAUUGCAGCCAAUGCGAAGCUCGCCAAAAUUGCUUCAAACCGCAACAAGCCGAACGGCCAGUUCUUCAUCCCCAGUGACCGAGCCGCCAUCAUGGAUUUCAUGAGAGAUCUGCCCGUUCGCAAGGUGAAUGGGGUGGGCCGAGUGUUUGAGCGGGAGUUAGACUCGAUGGGGAUCAAGACAUGCGGCGAUAUCUAUCCCCAACGAGCAUACCUCACGAAGCUAUUUGGCGAGAAGGCAUUCUAUUUUCUGAUGCAAUGCUAUCUUGGCUUAGGCCGAACCAGGGUUCAGCCAGUGGAAAACUACGAACGCAAAAGUGUAGGCACGGAGGCCACCUUCCACGAGAUUGGAGGCAAGGAAGAGAUCCGCGCAAAACUCUGGACCGCCGCGCAAGAGUUGGAAAAAGACCUGGCUCGUGCCCAAGUCAAGGGUCGCACCCUGGUGCUGAAAGUCAAGCUGCAUACCUUUGAAGUAUUGACCCGUCAGAUCGCCCCCCCGAGAGCUGUGAUGCUCGCCAAAGAUCUAUACGCGUUUGCUCUUCCCAUGUUGGCGAAACUCGAAAAGGAAAUCCCAGACCUGAAGCUCCGACUGCUCGGUCUUCGCUGCACACACCUAGUGAGCACGAAGAAGGUGGGCAUUGAAUUCUUCGGCGCAGCGGCCGUCAACCAGCAAAGACCGACCGCAACCAUCAGGCAAGGCAAUGCCGGUGCCGAAGAAGCGUUCGAAACUGCUGCUCGCGAGGAGCUGCAGGAAGACAUGAAUGAACUGGAGCAACUCAGCCAGGAAAUUGCAGACCUCCCCGAGCCGAAGCCGUCCGAGUCACCAAGUGAAGACUCGCCAGCGUCUCCAGCACUCCACUGGGACUGUCCCAUCUGCUCCCGGCCACACCCAGCAGACGAUAAGGUGUUCAACGAGCAUGUGGAUUUUUGUCUGUCGAAGCAGACCAUCAAGGAAGCCGUGCAGGCGGCGCCCGGCGAAGCUCUCCCAGUGCUUCCCAAAUCACGGAAGCGCAAACCGGGCUCAACCACUACCCCCGAUCCUCGCCAGAAACGGCUUUUUUUUACAUGACAUAUUGGUCCGCAGCUAUUCAUAGAGACUCACUCGACAGCCUGGAUAGUGACGUCUCAGCCACACUUGAGGUAUGUAAGCGGUGAACCUUGCCUUGUAACUAUAUACACCCUGCAGACCAAACCGUGUAUAAAAACACCUCAAUCCAUCACAAGACAGAGCAAAAUUUUUCCCUUUCCUAAGCCUUUUUGCCAUCUCCACCCGAAUGUCAUACUGUAGAUUGUGCGAUGCGAUCGGUUGAAUACGGACAGGGAUGGAUUCUAGACCAGCCGAAGAUCCGAGCGAGAAAACAAUUGCGACCGCAAGGAGUGCAAAUACAGGAUUGUAAGGGUAAGCAGUAUUUUGUCCAGAUCCGAAGUACUGUAAAGAUAUUCCAAAGUAUAUAUACU